UUUUGACGGAUCUGAAUCGGGCUUUCGAUGUAUGAGUUUGAAGCUUAAUAAUUAAAUUACUCUCAUCAUAACAUUAAUUUUGGUUCCCAAAAACACCUUUAAAUUGGUCGCAAAACGUAGUUUUUCCAGUACAGAUCAUGUAAUGAGUUAGUUCCCUAGCGUAGACAGCAUGUCCUUCGAUAGCCUUCCGUUGGAGAUAGUGCAGUUUAUAUUCGAUCACCUCUCGUUCCAAGACCUGUUGAGUGCCAGUUUGGUUUGCCGACGUUGGUACAGUGCCACCGAAAAGUCAAUCAAUGGCAAAAGCUGGCUUGCUGUCCACCUGGAUCGACAUAAUGAUCUUACAGAGCUGGCGUGGAACCGGCGAAGGCACGACAGCGUACUGGUUACCAUGCUUCACUCUUGGGAACAGUUGAAGCCUGCGAUGGACGUUUGCAGCGAGAAGAUUAGACUUCGACGGUUGAGCUUCAGUCGAUCCUGGAUCGAUUACGUUUGUCAGUUUCUUCAGCUAUAUGCGGAUUGGGUGGAUGGACUGGAGGAAAUUCACAUCUCACUGGAUCACAGAUUUUUGCGAAACGAUAGUUGCAGCGGAAGAAGCUACGUGAUAAGAUUGCCCACGGCUAGGCGACUUUACUGGAGUGAAAUUCAUAUACGCAGAGGCAAUAGAAACAUUACCGUGCACGGGCCCCGUUUGAAAACCGUGUCCAUUAGUGAUAGUUUCGCGAGCAAGCUUAACCUAAUACUGCCCGACUGUGAUGCUUUAGAAUCGUUAGAGUGCACUUUAUAUAGAAAAAGUUUUACCGAGCUAUACAAAGCUUCUUACGAAAAUCUGACAACGCUUAUUCUGCGAAUUUAUUAUACGGUUCAGGAUGUUAAGUUUCUAGAUUUUCUACCAAAACUAAAGUGGCUUACAUUGUUGAUUGAGUUUGAGAAAGAUCUGUUGGAGACGCUAUUCCCGGAAACAACGAAAGCAAUCUGCAGGUGCACGCAUCUAAAAGGUCUGCAGUUCAUCCCAAUGGGUGACGUUGCUUCUUCCGGCAUUGACCUUACCCGACUUUCCGAGUCACUACCUGACUUGCAACAACUAGAGUUGAGCAAUAUGUACUUAAUCUCGACAAAAAAGGCACCAACGUUCCAGAAUUUAACCAUCCUAAAACUAGUCAACGUGAAUCUCCAGCAAACUGAUGAUAUUCAGGAAAUCAACUAUCCAUCUUUACGCACCGUAUCGUUGGAUGUAAUGCUACUACCUAGAAUAAGCCUUCUCACCUCACCAAAGAAAGUAGAGCUAUUCAUAAACGUUGACUCCCUCAACCUAGCCGAGGCAGUCGAAUUGUGCUUAACCCCAUUUUUGAAACAAUUUCACCCAAGUAUUCGGGACCUGACGCUGUUCAAACCGGACUGUUGCGACACCAUCGUGGAUUUCAGCUGUCUUCAAACCGGCUUAGAGCAAGUGGCUCGACUACGGUUGGUAAACUUGGCCAUCUCCCUGAAAAGCCUUGCCCUCAUCGGCAAUUCAAGCGGCCUUAGACAUCUAACCUUGUCGAAAUGUUUGAUCGGAGUGCGAGGUACCACCGAUCAAGUGAUACUGCUGGAACAACUGGACACGUUUGAGCUGCAGCAGGUUCAGCUAGACGAUCCCAAGCAGAUGCAGUUUCCACUGGCGAGGAAUGCGCGGGAGAACUUGAUGGGCCGAUCGAAGCGCGGAUCCGUUGUGUUCUGUACCGAUUGGGAUGACGACGAGAGUCUUUCGACGGGUGUAACUGUUCCCCGAAUGAAUAAAAAGGUCAAUCCGCUGUAAA